UCUCAGCGUGACUUGAAAAGGACGACAUUCCGAUGACCAUUCCCACGGGUGUCGUCAAUGCGAACAGUAGCACCAAAGCUAUCGCAAACCAGUCUCGUCCACCGGUUUUGGAAGCAGGAAGUGACGCGAUCCGGAUCCCAAGGGAGAGACCCUCAAACAACUGGUGGAAGAUGAUCGCCGUGAGCAGGGAGGCUAUGAGCAGUUUCGGUUCCACGCAGCUCGGAGAACGAGGCGGAACACAUACUGAAAUCGCCACCGGAAGUGAGGGCCAGGGAUAUAUUCCAGAAGAGAACGAACGGGCGCACAAUAAUUCCAACCAGCUGCCUUCCUCUGCCGACUUUGUGGUCCUCUUUCCGGGGCUCUGGAUUCGCUUCGAAGUCCUGGGUGGGAUACGCGAACACUUCUCCGUCAUGGUUCGCGGUAGUCACGCAGACACUGAGCAUCCUCCCGUCAUGUCGGCUCAGCGGGCAGUGUCGGGGUGGCGCAAAUAGCGCUGCUAGGAAAGCAGGCUGCAAAGGCGAAGCUUUCGGCCGAGCGACGAGUGGAGUCACUUCUGUUGGAGGAGGAAGGCGGGAAACGGGGAUGUGCGGGGAUUCGACGGGGGAUGAGGGUGCAGAUGGUUCCGCAUGAAGGUAGUCGACGUACGAAGUCGAGACGU